AUGUCUGCGCCCCAGAGCAAAGCUGUUCCUCCAAAACUCAAAAAACUGAAGAGCCUGACAGCGGAAGUGGGAGCAAAGGUUUCUUUGAAAUGUGAAGUGAGUGCUGGAAAUCCCCAGCCAUCGUACAAAUGGUUCAAAAAUGGCAAAGAACUGAAAAAGAGCAAAGAUAUCAGAAUAAAAUAUGGCAAUGGAAAGAAAAAUUCCAGAUUGCAGUUCAAUAAAGUGAGAGUGGAAGACGCUGGGGAAUACAGCUGUGAGGCAGAGAACGUCCUGGGCACAGACACCGUGAGAGGCCGCCUCAGUGUGCGAAGUGUCACCACGAGUCUGACCUCUGGGCCGGGACAUACUCGACAGUGCAAUGAAACCGUCAGGUCCUACUGCGUCAACGGAGGAGUAUGCUACUACAUCGAGGGCAUAAACCAGCUGUCAUGCAGGUGUCCGAACGAAUUCACAGGGGACCAGUGUCAGAACUUCGCAAUGGCCAGCUUUUCCAAGCAUCUUGGAUUAGAAUUAAAGGAAGCCGAGGAGCUGUAUCAGAAGAGAGUUCUAACCAUUACGGGGAUUUGUGUGGCAUUGCUUGUUGUGGGAAUAGUGUGUGUGGUAGCGUACUGUAAAACCAAAAAACAGAGAAAUCAAAUGCACAAUCAUUUGCGGCAAAAUAUGUGUGCAGCGCAUCAGAACAGGAGCCUCGCAAAUGGCCCAAGCCAUCCCCGCCUGGACCCGGAGGAGCUCCAGAUGGCCGACUACAUGUCCAAAAACGGCCCUGCCACUGAGCAUGUGAUACGCAGAGAAACGGGGACCACCUUUUCGGGGAGCCGUUCCUGCUCGCCGUCACAUCCCUCCUCCACGGGAACACCUGCUUCGAGCCAAAGACAUGAAAGCCACACGUGGAGCUUGGAGCGGACAGAAAGCCUGACGUCCGAUUGUCAGUCCGGGAUCCUCCUGUCUUCGGUGGGAACCAGCAAAUGCAACAGCCCCGCCUGCGUGGAAGCUCGCGCCCGCCGGGAAGCGGCUUACUCCGCCGAGGAGCAGAGGAGGCCGACGGUUCAGUACAGAGACUCUGUGGACUCCCUCCGAGAUUCGCCCCACAGCGAGAGGUACGUGUCCGCCUUGACCACGCCAGCCCGCCUGUCCCCCGUCGACUUCCACGGCCCGGCCGCGGCCCACACGCCCACCUUCGAGAUCACCUCUCCCAACGCGGCGCACGCGGCCUCACUGCCCCCGGCCGCCUGCAGCGGCUUCCGUGUGGAGGAGCAGCCCCCGACUCUGCCCCGCAGGCCCCUCCCGGAGGCGCAGAGGUACGGCGGCUGCUACCAGAGGCGCAGCUACCUGGACGAGAGCACGGGCAGCCUGCCCUCCAGCCCCUUCCGCAUCGCCGAGGACGACGACUACGAGACCACGCACGAGUACUCCGGCGUGCUGGACCCGCCGCGGCGGACGGGAGGCGGCAGCCGGCGGUGGAGGAAGUCGAAGCUGAACGGGCAGCUGGCGCGCAGGGGCAAGAUGCUCCGGGACUCCUUUUCCAUGAGCAGCGCCUCACACAGCGAGUCGGACGAGGAGCUGGUGGCCGAGAGCACCCCCUUCCUCGGCCUCCGGGACGCCGAGGCCCUGCACACGGAUCCGCCCCUCCUGCGUCGCCCGGCCGAGAGCAGGACGUGCUGUUCCUUCAGCCGGCGUGGCGCGGGCGGUGGCGGGCGGCUGGGGUGCAGCAGCUCCAGCCAGGACUCCGCGCCGCCCUAG